GCGGAAGUAGGGAAGAGGAAGCUUGGUUGUGGCUCCCUCGAGCGAGAGCUGAGUGUUUGACGGUUGGAGCCGGGGACAGGAUGGCUGAUGAGGAGGAGGAUCCCACUUUUGAGGAAGAUAAUGAAGAUGUGGGAGGAGGAGCAGAUGGUGGACAGGGUAAAAGAAAAAGACUUUUUUCUAAAGAAUUAAGGUGUAUGAUGUAUGGCUUUGGCGAUGACCAAAAUCCGUACACUGAGUCAGUGGAUAUUCUGGAAGACCUCGUCAUAGAGUUCAUCACUGAGAUGACUCACAAAGCAAUGUCUAUUGGACGACAAGGUCGAGUGCAGGUUGAAGAUAUUGUCUUCUUGAUUCGAAAGGACCCAAGGAAGUUUGCCAGAGUUAAAGACUUGCUUACUAUGAAUGAAGAACUGAAACGGGCUAGAAAAGCUUUUGAUGAAGCGAACUAUGGAUCCUGACAUCUUUUAUGUUCUCCAAAGUUUCCCUAUCUUUUAGGACAAGUGUGUGUAUACUAGAACUAUGUAUUUUUCACCUUGCCAAAAAUGAAGGGUCCUGACGUAAUUUAAGCGCUUCUUACAAUUACCUUAUUACAUGGAUCCAAUUGACCAUAUAAAUGGGAAAUGAAACAACACUUCGUUGCUGCCUUUACUUUGAUUUUGUGGAUUCUAAAAGUGAUAUUUAGGUAUUGAAUUGCUUGCGUCUCUUUGUUAUACUUGAAAUUACUCAUUGGUUUUAACAGCAUGGAAGAAGCUAAAAUAUCCUGCAAACUGUGCAGAUCACCCUGUCUUUUUGAGGUGACAAAGACAAUUUAAACUAAGUAUAUUCUGGUCUCCUUUUUGCCCCUGAAGUUUUCUAUUAUAGCAUUUUGAUAUGUGAAAUCUAAAAAUUAGCCUUUUUGGUUUUGCAAUUUGUAAAACUAAUUUCAUGGCUACUUUCAAUCUCUUAGACAGAUAAUGGUUUUGUGGAUUGCCCCAUGCUCCGUGUUGGGUUAUAUUCUUAAAGUGUUAGUUUCACUUAAGGAAAAGUGUUCCAUAUUAUUUGCAUAAAGAUUAUUGCAAAAACAUUUUCCUCUUUUUUUAGAUUUCUUAAAAGUAUGUUUUCUUUUCUUUCAUUGGAUAUCAAAAGCAAUUUUUUUCUUAGUGAAAGUUCCUGUUUCCUUUCAAAGUUCCACAUGAAAACUUAAGAUAAUUUAAGAGCUUUUAUUGGUUUUGAUUAAAAACCUUUUGGGCCUACUAGACUAAUUGUUUGAGUUUUAGAACUGAUCUACACAGAAAGGAUUUAAAUUGAGACACUUAAAGGAGUAUAAAUGCAGGCACUCUGCAUUUUAGUAAAAAUGGCAAUACUGUAAAAUUUGUUUUAACAAUUUACUUUGUUCUUUGUGGAAAUAUCUGCCAACAUCUACACGCAUGUGACUGUAGGUGCUGCUAUUGUAGCUCAGGAUAUGUAAGUUUUGUGUAUAUUUAACCAUAAUGUAUUAAAUUAUUACUGUAUUGAGUUUAAUAUUAUUAGAAUUGAAAAAACAGUUGACGGAAUCACUGAAAAAUCCUUUUUGUGUGAAACUACACUUUUAUGUGCUGGUUGUGAACAAUAUAAAUCAAUACUUGGAAUAUUCUGCUAUCCUAAUUUUUUGUAUUAAGAAUAAAAUCAUCUAUGAAAAUUAAGGAAGUUAAUAGUUGAAA